ACCGGCAGCAGUCCGAUUUUCAAGUUGACAGAAAAGCGUCGAGUUUGGACGAAAAAUCGAAUAAUGAAUUCGAAAGAAAAGCCGAAUCCCUUUGGAAACGGCGUGGGGGCAGACCCGCCCCGCGUGGAGGAUGAAUGCCGAUCCACCGAUGGCAAUUGUGGCGCCAAGGACGCCACCGAACAUGCAACGAAGGAAGUAUUUAGCACUGUGGAGGAACUUUCCCAGUCAGAAAAUGCAGAUGAACGGAAUGUUUGCGAGGCAGAGGAAUGCGUUGGAAGUCUAAAAAACCAGCAGUUUCCUAGGGAAGAUGGAGCCAUGGAAAAGGCCACCCUGGAUGAACUUAAAUCACAGGAAGCGGAUCGCCUGCUUGAGGAACUGAGCCAAGAGGUCGACCAGCUUUUGGGUUUGUCUUCAGAUACCUCGGACACCGAUCAAUUCACCCUGAGCUCAAAUAAAGAGGAUAGCGAGGGAAGUAGCUCCUCUGUAGCCUCAAGGAAGCAGCAAACCGGGUCCCCAGAACAAAAGAAAGCUGAGUGCUUUGUUAAGGAAAUGGAGGAAGAAGUCUCAAAGGGUUUUGGUUUCUUUAAAACAACCGAAAAAGCAAAGGGAAUAGAGUCCUCAAAGGAUAAUGAUGGAAUUGAGGAGGCUAACAAAGAAAAUCACAUUAGCUUUCCUGAUGUUCCUGUUGCUCGUCCAAAACUCAACGAGUCGCGUUUCCAGUUCCCCGGGGAGACGUCAUCUUCUUCAAAAGGCAUUUUCUCUUCCGAUGAUUCAAGACGAGCUCUCGCAGAUCCCAACAUACUUGAGCCGGAAGAGGAGGAGGUGUUUGUGAAGCCCCCAAAUUGGCUGGAUCCCCAGAUCUUGAGAUCCCUGCCCAAACUGAAGAAGUCAACCAACCCCUUUGAGCCCUGUCAGCCGGACACGUUCUUUGGCAAGCUGCACCAGAACAGUCCCCUGGCCUAUACGGGUCACGAGAAGGAGGAGCUGAUGGACAAGAAGGAGAAGGAUUCUUCUCAUUCUAGGAGAAAUUUACUGCAGGCUCUAAAGAAUAGAAAUAGUAACGCGGACAAGGACUUUGAAGAGGAUCUUGGACGAGACUUAACGAAGAUGAAUCUGGAUCCCCAGAUCUUGAGAUCCCUGCCCAAACUGAAGAAAUCAACCAACCCCUUUGAGCCCUGUCAGCCGGACACGUUCUUUGGCAAGCUGCACCAGAACAGUCCCCUGGCCUAUACGGGUCACGAGAAGGAGGAGCUGAUGGACAGAAAGGAGAAGGAUUCUUCUCAUUCUAGGAGAAAUUUAUUGCAGGCUCUAGAGAACAGAAAGAGUAACGCGGACAAGGACUUUGAAGAGGAUCUUGGACGAGACUUAACGAAGAUGAAUGUUGGGAUGGAUUCCCAGGAAAAGAAUGAGUCUCCUUCUUUUGGCGAAGAAGCAACAAAGGAGGUUAAUAUGACGCUGGUAAAUACGUUGGAGGAAAAGGAAAUUGAGGAUUCCCUUUCAUCUUUGGAGUUAACUUACGUGCCAGCUUGUCCUUCUGUGGCAAAGCCCAUUUUUGCCAAGGAAACGGAUUCUCCUUUACAUGUCAAAGAUUCUGAUAAUUCACAUUGCAAGGAUUAUCCUUUAGAUAGCAAGGAUUCUCCUUCACACAGCAAGGACUCUCUUUCACACAGCAAGGAUUCUCCAUUUUCAUCUAACAAGGAUUGUCCCACUUCACAUAUCAGAGAUUCUAUUUCCUCACAUAUUAAGGAUUCUCCUAAUUCAAAAAGCAAGGAUUCUAUUGCUUUACUUAGCAAGGAUUCCUCUCCAGCGGGAGAAGGACUACGUGACUCGAAGGCACUUAACGAACUAAGCGGUGCGAAUGCCAUGGACAAGCCAAAGGCUACUGAAGGGGAAAACAAGGAGCAGGAAGAAAACAAGGACCCCGAGGAAAAUAAGGACCACGAGGAAAACAAGGACCCCGAGGAAAACAAGAAGCCAGAAGAAAACAAGGACCCCGAGGAAACCAAGAACCUGGAGUAUAUACUUGAGCUAUACGAUCCAGAAUUUCCCGCCUUGGUCACUCCCCUGCCCAUCAAGGAGCUAAAUGCCCAGAAUCUAAAAACUAUACGCGGCAUGCCCUGUGCCAAGGGAAACCUCAUAAGCAAAUGGCUUUACAGUCAGUCCUUCAAUGACAAGGAGUACGAGCAUAAGGCGGGGGAAUACCUGCCCGAGUACUCGUUGAUUGUCUACAGCGAUGCCGAAGAGGAGACGGAGCAGGAGAGUUUGGUAAGUGAUCCUGUGGAUAACUUGGAUGCUUUGAUGGGGAGUUUCCAAAGUCUGCAACUCAAUGAGGCCAUACCAGAGUGCUGCUUGACCGACUCUGUGUUCCUGGUGGACAAACCUCAGACUGCCAUCUCGCAGGGAUUCAUGAUGCAGCCCCUGCCGCUUAAGGAAAUCUGUCAAGUGAAGGACUUUCUCAAGAUUCGCGUGACCCAUGUGUACACCCCCUUUCAGUUUUGGUUCAAUUUCGUGAAUCGUUUGUACGACACCUCUACGCUCAACGAAAUACAAAUGGAAAUGGGCAACUUCUACAGCGACACGGACAACAUCAACUAUUUAGACGUUCUGCCGAGAUGCCUGAUCAAAGCUGGUUACAUCUGUGCCAUUCAGUUGGACAGCAACUGGCGGCGGGUCAGGAUAGUGUCUACUCCGCCACCAGAUGUUGAUACCGUUUACAUUUAUUACGUGGACUUUGGUUAUGGCGAGGAUGUGCCAGUUACUUACCUACGCUAUCUAGCGAUUAAUUUCGGCGAAAAACCAGAGCUUGCCGUACGCGGAACACUUUCGUACAUUUAUCCACUGGGUCCGCACUGGACACCGGAUAGUAUGAUUCAAUUCCAGCGGCUUGUCAAUAACCAAGAGCUAUUUGCCCAUGUCACAGAAUUGGAUUUGGAGGAACGCAUCGUUUUCCUGCGCAUUUCAUUGAAUGAAGAGUUUUUGCCAUCGGUGAAUAAGUUGCUGGUGGAGGCGAAUCUGGCGGGACGGAGCAUGCACUAUGACUUAAAGCAGAUUGAAAAGAAUUUUGGAAUACGCCAUCGCUAUUUGAGAGAGCGUCUGCCCAGCCACGAAAUGCUGGAGACGGGCAUCUUUCCCGUUUUGAACGAGGAGUUUGAGGUGGCUUUUGAUGCCAUCAUCUAUAGUCCCGCCUUUGGAAAAUUCAAGGUUCCUCAGAUGAAGAAAGGUUAUGAUGCUCUACGCCAAGCGCUGGUCGCUUGGAUGCCGGGUUUCCGGCAGGUGAUGAAGAAGUGGGCCGCUCUCAACAACGAGGCCAAAGCCAAACUAAGGGCGACUCAAAACGAGGCUCGCUUGGCCUGGCUGUCGCGCGUGGACAAGAAGGAAAAAGAGCAAAAAGAGGCCAAGGAAACGGAGCUACAAGAGGCCAAAGAGAGCGCUACAGAAGAGGAGAAAGAGAAAACCCUAUUGACUACAGAGGGGGAAGAGGAACCCCCAAAGGCCACACAGGAGGAAGAGGAAGCCGUAAUGACCAUAAAUGAUGAAGAUGAAACCCCACCGGUAGAGAGCAUGGAGACGGUGGAUUGAUUCAGCUGCCAAGUUUAUUUUCUUUGGGGAAUAUUUUGGGGAACGGGCCACCAAGAUAAACAUUUAAAUA